CAUCGUAAAGUUGCACUUUCUGACAGUAUAUAAAAUACAAUCAUGCAAUCGGGAAAUGGUGGAAAACGUAAAAAACCAAAGAAGAAGGGAAGUCGGUUUUUACAAAAUGCAAAGGGAUUCGCCAAGCAGGGUAUUUUCGGUCGCGGAACACACAUUGAUGAUGAGCAAUUUAGUUACUUCAUAAACAUCUUGGAUGCAAUGAAGGCUGGUCUCAGCGAUGUGGAGGAACGAGUUAACAUGGCCAACAAUGUAUUUGACCAGACAAAUGAGCAGGAAAUUCGUUUAGCAUCCAAUCAAAUAGUGUCCAAAGCUCUCGAGUCUCUAAUUGGAUUUGUGGACGCUCCACAUCUAGAGCGCUACUUUACCAAAUUUGGUGAGAGCCUCCGUCCCAUGUGCUCUGACCGUUUUGCAUCCCAUGUUCUGCAAAAGAUGUUGGAAAUAGCAUUUCUUCGAGCAUUGGGUAAAGAUGCAGCACAGAAGUCAGAAACUGAAUCGGAUGCUGCCAAACGACCAAAGCCCGAUGCCGCACAAAUCGAGGAGCAGUACAAUCUGGAGACCGAGUUCAGCGACGAACAUCGUGAGCAGUGUCGUCAAUUCGUGGUUCGCAUCUCAAAAUUCAUGUUGAACAAUCUGGAGGACUUUGUGUGGGACUCGUGCGCCACACACAUCAUGCGUACAGCUAUACUCUGCCUAGUUGGCGUUCAUGUGCCCAAAAUAGCGUUCGAAAAAAGCGGCGUAGACAUGGCCAAGUAUCGAAAACUUUACACAGUUCCAGAGGAAUGGCAUGAAGUAAUGAAAGAGUUUCCACAGCGCUUGGAAAUGUGGCCACAGUUUCCAGACUUUCCUUACGAGGAUCAGACGUCUGCCCUACUGGGUGCUAUAUGCAUUGCUCUGGGCGUCGUUGAUAAGAGCAUGCUCAAGCAUUUUGGCAAGAAAAUCCUAAUGGAAAGUUUUCUAAAACCAAACGAUGAGGCAAAUCCUGACGAUAAUGAUGAGCUAAAGGAAGCUAAAAAUGAAAUAGAAGUUGAUAAAGAUAAAGGUGAAGAAGAGAAAUCGGCUACAAAAACUAAAGAAGCCAAUGCUGAUACUGAACCGCCACCGGAAUCUGAAGCUGAUGUGGUACUACCCAAAGUCUUCCACUACCAGAGCGCGAUAAUAUUGCUGGAGACACUUCUGAGUGUGGCAGGUGCCAAGCUGCUGACACAGCUCUUUGCCAUGCUCUUCAGCGGUCGCAUAGCUCACCUGGCACUGCAGCGGCAAACCAACUUUGCCGUGCAACGUCUGUUAAAUAACAUACAUGAGGCGUCUGACCUCGAGUCAGCCUUUAAUGAGCUACAACCGUACACUGAGGAGCUGCUCCAGAGCGGCUUAACUGGCGUAGUGUCUGCCUUAAGCGGCGCCUGUCUCCGGCUGGGCGCCAAGCAGGCGCAAAUGAUCGCCGCACUGCAGAGCGCUCUGCAUGUGACCCGCGACAAAGAGAAGUCGAAGAUGUUCUUCACCUGCCUGAUCAAGCUGAAGCCGUAUGAGGUUGUGGUGGACGAUCAGUCGACCUUUGUGCACUUGCAUGGCUCGCUGAUAGCUCAGCAUUUGCUGAAAUUCAACAAGCCCAUUUUCCUGGUCAACAGCAUUCUGGAAUUGCCGGCUGCGCAGCUGGCGCAAGUGUUCAACACGCCAAAUGGCUCCCACAUUGUCGACGCGUUCAUGCAGAGCACAUAUAUUGGCGAGAAGUCACGAGAGCGUCUUAUCCGCCAACUGGAGGGCUUCUAUGUGGAUCUGGCUAUCACACGGCAUGGAUCACGCGCCUUGGAGCAGUGCUUCAAGGCGGCCCAGGAAGCGCAAAAGCUACGCAUUGCCAAGGAGCUAACCUCAAAGGCCAACAUGACCAAGGGUUCGCCAUUUGGGCAGCUUAUCUAUGCCAAAUAUCGUUUGGACACCUUUAAACUGUCGCCCACUCAGUGGCAGGCGAGUCUGAGCCAAAAGGUGGAGGAAGAGCAAAAACCUGAAAAGAUGAAGAAACGAACAGCGUCCGAGUUAUUCAAGGAAAUUAUUAAUUAA